AUGUAUGGUCAAGAUACUAAAAUUUUAUGGAAGUUCAGUGGCAUUGGGAAACCACGAGUGACAUGGUUCUUCAAUGAUCAACCACUUCCAAAUAAUGAUCGCCUGCAAGUAACGGAGACUGAUGAUGGAACAUCGAUACUAACAGUUCGUCAAGCUGAACUUGGCGAUCAAGGUGUCUAUACUGCUAAAGCAACCAAUGCUUUUGGCGAAGCUGAAGCUCAAACAACAUUAAAGAUUGAUCGCAUCAAACCUGUCAUCAACACUAAUCUCAAUACUGCACUGAAAGUCACAAAAGGUGCAAUUUUGACGCUAAAAGUCGUCGCCAGUGGAACUCCGAAACCUCACUUUGUCUGGAUGAAAGACGACAAUGAACUUACACCCAAUGAUCGCAUUCAAGUGACGAUAUCGACUGGUGACGAUGACAAAUAUACACUGACCAUCUUAAAUGUACAACCAGAAGAUGAAGGAGAAUAUUCAGCCAUGAUUUCCAAUGUUGGUGGAUCACUUCAAUCCGAUAAGUGCAAAGUUAUUGUUUCGAGUAAGUCACCUUGA